CGCAAACUCCGGCGGUUCCAUUGACAGUCACCAUUCCUGGCGGGUGAUAAAACAUCUUAUCACUGAGAUAAUCUACUAACAGCAGCAAGAUGCCAGGGGCCAGGCACAAGAUUCUGGGCCAUGUUUUCUCAGGCUUCUGCACAAAAAUGAACAGAACUAAACAGCUCAGUUCUGCCGAUGACAACAUGGAAACUCCGUUGAAACGUUGUCUGAACACUUUCGACAUCACUCUGUUGGGUAUUGGGCACAUGGUGGGAGCUGGCAUCUAUGUCUUGACCGGCACAGUUGCCAGAGAUCUGGCAGGUCCUGGCAUUAUCUUGUCUUUUAUCCUGGCUGGCAUGACAUCCAUGCUCGCAGCCCUGUGCUAUGCAGAGUUUGGAACACGAGUGCCAAAGGCUGGUUCAGCUUACAUCUACACUUACGUCAGCGUUGGAGAGUUCUGGGCCUUUGUCAUCGGAUGGAAUAUCAUUCUUGAACACAUGAUUGGAGCUGCCUCUGUGGCCCGAGCUUGGAGUGGAUACAUAGACUCCAUCCUAGGAGGUGUUAUCAGCAACUACACCAUUGAGACUGUAGGAGAACUCCACGAACAACUGCUCGGCCGCUACCCGGACUUCCUUGCCUUUGCCGUUUGUAUCUCUUACACUUGCAUCCUAGCUAUUGGGGUAAAGGGAUCAGCUCUUGUCAACAGUCUUCUCACCCUCGUCAACCUAGCUGUCAUGACACUAGUCAUCGCAGUGGGCUUCACCUACGCAAACAUCGACAACUGGACUCUAGAUCAGGGAGGUUUCCUACCCUACGGACUCUCAGGGGUGGUGGCCGGUGCUGCAACGUGUUUCUACGCAUUCGUUGGUUUUGACAGCAUCGCUACUUCCGGAGAAGAGGCUCGAGACCCAGCUUUUUCCAUUCCUAUAGCAACCAUCACCUCUAUGACUCUAGUCUGCAUAGGCUACAUCUUGGUGGGUGCUGCUCUCACGCUGAUGGUCCCCUACGAUCAGAUCAGCCCUACGGCCGCCCUGCCUGAGGCGUUCACUACUCUCAACCUACCCUGGGUGCGUUACGCCGUCACGCUGGGAGCGUUGUGUGGCAUGACUACUACACUGCUCGGCUCACUCUUCGCCUUGCCUAGAUGCAUGUACGCCAUGGCUGCUGACGGGCUUAUCUUCUCCUUCCUCGGAAAAGUCAAUAAAACCACUCAGGUUCCGAUCAUCAACCUCGCAGUGUCGGGUAUAAGCAGUGCUUUGAUCGCGCUGUUCUUUGACUUGGAGAAGCUGGUGGAGUUUAUGUCCAUCGGUACACUGUUGGCCUACACCAUCGUCAGCGCAUCUGUCAUCAUACUGAGGUACAGGCCCGAGGUCACUCCGCUGCUCAGGGAAGACAGCUCCCUUAGCGAGGUCGGGACUCCGUCAUCCGGGGUGAUAGAGUUUGGCGUUGGUCCGGCAGGCCGGUUGAGAACCGGUUACUCGUGGCUAGAGCCGGUCGUCGGCCGGUGUGAGCCGGGUGCGGCAGUCAGCGCUUGCGUCUUCAUCUUCAGCUGUUUCUGCGCUGCUUUGUGUCUCCAUCUUCACUGGACCAAUCAGCAACAGCAGCUCAACUCUUGGUGGACGGUGCUGAUCACUGUGUUCUUCAUAUUUGUCCUCGUUGCUUGUAUCGUCAUCAUCCACGCUCAUGAGCAGAACAAGAACGGUCUCGGCUUCGCAGUUCCCCUGGUCCCCUUAAUCCCUGCGAUCAGCAUCCUCUCCAACAUUCAACUGAUGGUGCAUCUCAACACUCUGACAUGGCUCAGGUUCAUGAUCUGGAUGGCGUUUGGUCUCUUAGUCUACUUUUUAUACGGGAUUCAUCACAGCAAGGAGAACGACACUGCUACUUCAUACUCCGUUCUGCUCGGCUCCGGGGAGGCAGGAAAAAUCCGUUGGGGCUCCAUUGGAGCAGCUAAGCGGAGGUCGGUAGCUGAGGACACCAAACCUAUCGUAGACGAGGAGGAGCUGCCCCAAUAAAUGUCUUGGUCUUGGAAAACCACAACUCAAAAGUAAACCUCAGUUCACCAGUGAUGGGAAUUUGGAAGUCAGAAUAUUUGAAUUUUAAGUUCUCUAGUGAAAUAUGCUUAAAUUUCACACCCUUCCGAAGAGAUGAGUUAAGGGAAUUCACUUAAGUUAUUCAACUUACAAUUAACUUAUAUAGUAAUUUGGCCGAGAGCCUUGACAGGUUUGGAGUAAUCUGACUUAGAUUAUUGAUGAAUUUCAAUGGUAUAGUUCUUUUUUACAACAAAACAUAGUUGUUGUAGAUCAUGAAGUAGAUACAGUAUAACCUUGAUAACAAGUCAUAUGACUUGUAAUCAAACUUGGCAUCUUAUCAAGGUUUGCAAAGAAACGUGAUCAGGGGUAAUACCAAAUCAAGGGCAUUUGAAAAUAGCACUUGUAAUCAGGGGUUUCUUGCUAUUGAGGUUCCAUUGUAGUUAAUCAGAUGAAACCAGCAUUGCGAUUAACAUUCGUAGUUUAGUUAGGCUAAAAUCUAUGAGGCAAAGGCGUUAGUUAAAAUGUCUCUCUACUUUAUUUGCUGGACGUUGAUCUUUCAGUACUGGUUUUACAAACGUUUUCCAAACUAUUUUGUCAAGAUAAUCACUUUUGAAUCACACCACUAUGAAGUGGAUGUGAAAUCAAGUUCUAAGAUAGAAUAUGCAUGUUUUGACAAAAUGUGUCGAUUUGAAGGAUUCUUGUUAUUUCCUUCAAAUCAAACAUAUAUUUGCAAAUGAAAUUACGAUCUCUGAAAAACCAUUACUUGACACAGAAUUUUGUCAGUUGGUAGACCAUCUCAACAGAUUGCACCACAUUUUUUGGCUUCAAAUUUUUACAUUUAAUGGGAAGUCAUUACUGUGAACAGUCAAUGGUAUAACUCACUCGGAAUGUAAAGCAAAGGAGUAAGACGAGAUUUAAUGGUUAAGCGGAACAUAUGUCUCACACCGGUAUGUCUGAAAGCCGUCUGGUUCAAAUCCUGUCAAUCACCAAAUGCUUCUAGCUGUGUAAUAUCACGACUCAAUGGCUCAAACCCAGCUUUAUGAGUAGGUCAAGCUAUCUAGAAAAUAAACAGUAUGGGCCUCUCAGAUAGAGAAAUACAUUUCUUAUUGGAAAAAUCCCUAAUCUGGGAAAUGUUUGAUAUUUUUUUAUAGAAAUAAGUCAAUUAAUAGGCUACUAAAUUAUACCUCGUCCUUCACUUGGGUAACAUUUGUACAUAACGUAUCAAACGCCAAUGCAUUUUAUUGGAAUGUAUAUUUGGAAGUUAUACAGGGUGUGGAAAGAAAACCGAUCCAUUUUCUGCAGCGCACUGUUCAGCAACAGGUCGUCUGAAAGUGGUGGGGGUAGGCUCGUUGGAAAGCCUACACGAUUAUUAUCUGUAGUCAUAGAGCAGUGGUCACCUGAGCAACAUGUGUUAGUUAUCGAGUCAAUUUAACUUUACUUUUUUUAAACGACUAAAUAACAAACACACGUUGCUCAGGUGACCACUGCUCUAUGACUACAGAUAAUAGAGAUAAUAGCAUUGUGUAGGCUUUCCAACCCCCACCAACCUCAGACGACCUGUCGUUGAACAGUGCGCUGCAGAAAAUAGAUCGGUUAUUUUUCCGCACCCUGUAUUAAGGAAAGUCUAGUUAAAACAAAAUACUUAAGCAACAUUGUCUAGUGCAAAUGAAAAAGGUUUGUGUAAAGUGUCAAACAAAACUGUAAAAAUUUAAAUAGGAAUGAGUAUAAAGUUUCCAGCACUGGUAACUUAGAAUGUAGAGUGCAGUGCAAGUAGGUUAGUUGUACAAAUCUGUAACCAUAUACUUAGAACAUUUUUUUAGGCAUUGACUUAAACCAGAAUACAAUAAAUUUAAACCGGGAGGGAGGAUAAAAAGUGGCUAAUAUAAGUUCUUCAUACGGCAAACAUCUAUUACAAAUUCAAUCAUGAAAAUAGACUUCCUUGAAAGAACCCCAGUAAAAUAUUUUAUAGGGUCUCAAGUUUUUAAUAUGUAAGGAUAAAGUUAAAGUUAUGGUGGAAUACGGAAAGAAACGUUAAUCAUUGAUAAUUAUUGGUAACAGUGAAACAUGUCCUUACAUUUAAGGUUGAGUCGUUUAAAUAUCCUGGCUUUAUACUGAAUAUUUAUUUGUAUAGAUUAUAAAUUUAUUUCUGUAAAAUUGAUGUAGGCCUAUAACAGUGUGUGAUAGUUACCACUUUAAUUCAAUAGCAAAAAAUAUAGUAAUAAUUAUUAAAGUUACCACACAUCAUGUUAACAGUAAACAAUUAUAUAUGUGUUUUUUAGUGUUUAAUCUUUGCUAAUUUUAUUUAAAUAUGUUGUGUUACACAGUAAGUUAAUUUUUAAGAAUUUAUUUAGAUACAAGAAUCGAAGAAUCUAUUUUUUUUUUACUUUGCCGUUAACCCAUUUAGAAGCAUAUAACACAUGUAUGACACUGACAGAAGAGAUGAAGAUUGUAGACUGGGAAGAGUUUUAAAGGGAAACACUACAGGAAGACGACCCCGGGGAAGACCUAAGCAGAGGUGGUGGAAGCAAGUGCAAGAAGAUUUGGAGAGAAUUGGGGCAACGGAGGAUGAUGCGAAAGACCGGUUGACUUGGCGAGGAUUUGUUGGUGCGGCCAAAUAUCACCUCCGAUAUAAAUGGCCCUGGGAGUAAGAGUAAGAGUAACACAUGUAUGAAUAUAAGAGCAAGUCAUUUUGGACAUACAACAUAAAACAGAAUAUUUUUAAUUGAAUAAUACAAUUUCUGUGAGUUGUAUUUUUUAUUGUUUAAUUUUAAUUGUAAUGAAUCUUAGUUUCUUCUUCAAGAAUCUUGUUAAACGGUAUGGUUGAGAGCACCGACUGAUCAAAUGACAUUAACAUUCAUACAGGCUUCCUUUUGGUAAAUUAUAGCCCAACUUGUAUCGCAAACUGAAAAAUUAAUGAUAACGGUUACAUAUCAUCAACAGGUACUAUUGAUGGAUUUUUUGUACUAGCAUAAAUGGAAUGAUUUUAUAAAAAAUGUUAUCCUACGAUAGACAAAGAGAACCAAUGACAUAUUUUAUAUUUAAUUCACAGUUCACUCCCAAAUAAUGAAUAGAAUUAUGAAUUUCAUAAUUGAAUAAUUUUGCCUAUCAUAAAUUGGUCUAAAAAAAAUAAACAAAACUACUCAAAUAACUCAAUCUUGGUUGUAAAAAACUGAAAUGUUUAACAAAUAUUGGUGUCAAUCUACUCCUGAAGUAUCUUUAUAUGAAUGAACACAUCUAGCUCAAAUAAGUCUUUACUGACCUUUCUUCAAUUGGACAUGUUGGUUUUUACAGUUAUCAACAGAAACUAUUGAAUUAUUUAAUUUUAACUUAAUUAUUUGUUACAGUAUUUAAUUAAGAUAUUGGUGUUAUUGCUAAUUAGUAAUAGUAAUGUAAAUAUUGGUGUCUAUUUUCAGAAGUACCAGAACUGCAUUUACAUAUAAUUUACUGCCGUAGUUGUUACGUAUUUUAUAAAACGUAAACUAAAAAGUUUAAUGUUGAUAUAAGUUGCACCAGUUUGUGCCGUUUAUGUUGAUAAGUUAUUUUCAAACUGGAUUUUGUAAUCAGGAAGGAAUGCUUUUAACUUAUACUUUUAAGAUAAUACUAUCAGCAGUGAAGUAAUGACAAAGUAUUACCACAAAAUAAAAAUGUUUGGUUUUGUUCCUCUAGAUACAAUAAGGUGUUAUUAAAAUAAAGUUGUUAUGUUAUUUUAUUAGAUUUAAUAUAUUCAGGUUAUGUAUCCGUAAAAUAUCAAAGACAUUGUUAAAAAUUUUUAACUCUACUAUAAAUGAUUCCAAAAAGGCUGUAAACUAUUAAAUAUAUUUUAUAGUUAGCUAGGAAAUCUAAAUGUACACUGAUUAAGCUUUAAAUGUUAGCCUCCAGGCCUAAUAAUACAAUAGUAUAUUUUUUAAGACAUUAAUUUUCAAGUAGCAACAGUUGUUUACGGACAAAGCUAUGUUGUUUUGUUAGUCUUAGUUGAUUAGGCCUACCUUUAUAAUUUUUAGAAUAUGGAUUUAGAUUAUACCUACGUGUUACACUGCACAAUUAAUCUAGUGCACAAAUAUUGAAUAUAAAAUGAACCAAAGAUAUUAUUUUAG